AGUGGUGUAGUUAGUACUGUAUCUCUGUUGAGCACCAUGGGUAGAUCAGCUGCUAUUCUGAUCAUUUUUGCCAGUUUUUUGCAUACCACAGCAGGUCAAAGCCAAAAGAGGAGCAACUGGGAUAUCUACAGUUUUCACAUCAAUUCCACUGUGACGAGUCGUUAUGCCAUCACAGUCAUCACCAGCCGUGUGGCCAAUCGCCAUGACAACUCCACCGAGAUCUACUUCCAUGUGAAGAUCCCUAAAACUGCUUUCAUCAGCAAAUUCAGAAUGACAAUUGAUGGGCAGAUUUACGACGGGGUGGUUAAGCAAAAAGAGGAAGCCAAGCGGCAGUACAAUGUGGCUGUAUCACAAGGCCAAAGUGCUGGACUUGUAAGUGCUGUAGGCAGAACUUUGGAGGACUUCAAAACAUCUGUGACUGUCGCCGCUCACAAGAAGGUGACCUUUGAACUCACCUAUGAGGAACUGCUACAGCGUCGUCUUGGCAAAUACGAGCUGCUGAUCAAUGCCCAGCCUGGCCAACCUGUUAAGGACUUCAAGAUUGAUGUUAGUGUGUAUGAAAAGCCUGGAAUAAACUCCCUAGAGGUGGAAGGUUCUUUGGCUUCGAAAGACCUGGCCAAUGCCAUUAAGAAAACACAUGCAGAUAAAGAGGCAUGGGUACAUUUCUACCCCACACAGCAACAACAGAUGACAUGUGAGGGCUGUGGAGAGAAUGGAUUCAACGGUGAACUUAAAAUUAUCUAUGAUGUUGAGAGGCCACAAUCUCAGGGAGAUAUAAUGGAGCAUGGUGGGUUUUUUGUCCAUUAUUUUGCCCCUUCUGGUCUUCCUCGCAUUCCAAAAAAUGUGGUCUUCAUUAUUGAUCAAAGUGGCUCCAUGCAUGGCAAGAAAAUACAGCAGACUCGAUCAGCUUUACUGAGGAUUUUGGAGGAUCUGGGUGAGGAUGAUCAUUUUGGCCUGAUCUGUUUUGAUGAUAGAAUAUCACCAUGGAAACGUGAACUCCUCAGAGCAACCCAACAGAACCUGGAAAAUGCGAAAGCAUUUGUUAGAUCAAUACAAGAUAGAGGAAGUACAGACAUAAAUGCCGCUGUAUUGAAAGGUGUGGAAAUGAUCAAAAGAUAUCACAAAGAAGGCUCAGCUUCCGUCCUUAUACUGCUGACUGAUGGAGAUCCCACCUCAGGUGUGACUGACCUGAGUAGAAUCCAAUCUAACGUGAGAGAGGCCAUUGGGAAGAAGUUCCCUCUGUACUGCCUUGGAUUUGGUUUUGAUGUGAACUUUGAGUUCCUGCAGAAGAUGGCCCAGGAGAACAGUGGUCUGGCACGCAGGAUCUACGAGGACUCAGACGCAGCUCUACAGCUCAAGGGUUUUUAUGAAGAAGUUGCCAUUCCUCUCUUAACCAGUGUAGAGAUGAACUACACGGGUGCUACAAACCUGACCCAAACCACCUUCAGUUAUUAUUACAAUGGCUCGGAGAUUGUAGUCGCUGGAAAAAUCCUUAACAAUAACAUAGAUGACUUCAGUACAGAAGAAAUAAUCUGCGAAAUCAUAGCAACAUCGAAAAACAGCAAGGUGAAGUACAGUGAUAUCAAGGCCUCUAAAGAUGACAAACUGCCUGCAGUGAUGAGUGGGUUUGAGAACUUCCUCCAGAGACUAUGGGCCUGCCUCACCGUGAAACAGCUUCUGGAGAAGGAGUUGAUACUGACCGGCGAGGAGAAGGAGGCAGUGAAGAAGGAGGCCCUUGAUCUCUCUCUCAAGUACAGUUUUGUGACCCCACUCACCUCUAUGGUGGUCACCAAACCCGAGGGCGAGGACUCUCAGGUGGCCAACAAACCCAAAGAAGGAGAGAAGCCUCCUCCUCAAUUUCCAUUCAUAAUGGGACCACCUGGACCACCUGGACAUCCUGGACAUCCUGGACUUCCUGGAAUUCCUGGAAUUCCUGUUAGUGCUGGAAUUGGUUUUGGAGGUGGUGCUGGAGGGACUUUUUUGAUUCCACAGAUGGGCAGCAGGGCCUAUGAUGAUCUGAGUGUUGCUGAGGAUUUCGAGUAUGACGGAAGUGAUAUGUUAAUGGAGAGCGUCGAUUCGCCUCUACCAGCAUCUCAUCCAGAUGCUCCUUUGGUCUUUGCUACUUCUACAGCAUUAUUAUUACCAGAAACGACUCCAAUACCAGUACGGAAGCCUGUGAGGUUCUUGAUGGCUGCCGAGGGCCAGUCUCUGCCGCUCUGCUUUGACAUCCCAGCAGGCCAUUCUGUCAAACUGCUGCAGGACUCUGCAUCUGGGCUGUCUAUGAAUGGUGAGUUGACGUCUAGGGAAGGUAAGGGCUUCCAGAGGGUCAUCAUUCAUGUUGACACCACCGAACAUAUUGAGUGUGCCACCGAUAAAAUAACUCUGAUGGAUGAACGGGGAGCUGUCUCUUUCCUGUGGACACAGACACAGACGCACAGAACACACAGCAUGAUUUUAAGUCUCAGGGAAAAUGAGAUGGAGGUCUCCUCUGGAUCCUUACUUAUCAUCAUCUUUCUUCACCAAAAGGACGGGGACAGAUUCCUGUGGCCUGCUGUUAAACAACGGCCAUCAAAUACUGCCUUAGUGGGCAUUAUGGGGAAAGAAUUGGUCACAUAUGAAGAAAGCCAGUCUACAUCAAAACUGAGGAUUAAAGAUGAGGAAGUGAAAGCAUCAAAGGUUUCUGCUCAGGACUUCAGUAUCAAGAUUGCACCCAUAGUGUCAUGCUGGCUUGUGGAGGCGAAGUUUGCCCUACAGGGAGAGCUGUCUGAUUUUACAGUUCCCAAGCUGUAAAUUCUAACAUAUGGACCUCCUUUGAAUUGUUCAGCAUUGACUCCCAGGCUAUGCAUCUGUACCAGUCUCUGAGACCACUUCAUGACUAUCGAGGUAAAUGUGUUGUGGAGGAAAUCAUGCUGGCUCUUAGUAGAAGAGAGGAUCCAUUAAACGCCCAUUUAAUUAAAAUAUUACAAAUGUUUCAAUUCAAUUCAAUUCAAUGAAACUCAACAACAAAAAUAAAAGUUCAAUACAUAGAUAA